AUGUCGCCCAGCCUGCUGGAGGGAUUUUUGCGUGCGUGUGUCACUGGCGACAGUAUGUUCUUGUGGGCUAACCCCGACCUUGUCCUUUCACUCCGUCCUUCUACGGUGGGCUUCGUCGACGGAGGCGAACCGCAGAACACUUUCUUUCCACCGGCCUAUCUGAAAGCCUUGGGGGCUUCCCCCGGCACCAUGGCAUUCCACAACGCCCUGGAUAGCCCCGACUCCUAUGCGAUCGCCUGGAUCGCUGCUCUUCCUAUCGAGCGGGCCGCUGCCGAAGCGAUGCUUGAUGAGGAAUAUGCAGCUCCAACUGGCUUCACUAGACACCAAACCGACGCGAAUAUUUAUACCCCCCGAAUCUACGGAACCACCUCGGCUGCGACCACGGCCUCGAGCCUGCUUGCCUCUCUGCGGUCUAUCUGUGUUGGUCUUUUGGUGGGCAUAGGCGGCGGCACCGCUCGACCGGACGAGGGCCACGACAUCCGGCUAGGUGAUAUUGUGGUGAGCCAGCCCUGUGGGACUGCGGGCGGCGUCUGUCAGUACGACUUGAUUAAGGCCGAUCACGAGCGAAAAGACUCCAAGGUUCCCUGCUUCCUUCAAGAGAUGCUGAAGAAGAAUCCGAAGAUAGGCAAGAGAUCUAAGCAGAGUCCUGGCUAUGCUCACCAGGGCUUCGACCACGACCGCCUCUUCAAAGCUUUAUGCGACCACGUCCCCGGCCUAGACUGUCGGGGCUGUGACACGGCUGGUGAGGUUCAACGCGAUCCUCGAGACACUACCGACCCCGAUAUCCACUACGGGACUAUCGUAUCCGGCAAUACACUCGUCAAAGACGCCGCUGCUCGCGAUCGGAUUGUUGCUGACCUUGGCGAGGAUUGUAUCUGCUUUGAGCUGGAAGCGGUCGGCCUGAUGAACCACUUUCCCUGUCUUGUAAUCCGAGGGAUCUGCGACUACGCUGAUUCUCAUAAGAACGAUCGAUGGCAACGCUACGCCUCUGCGACCGCCGCUGCGUAUGCUAAGGAGCUUCUGGCAAAGACGGUUCUCAGUACGACUGUGCUUGACUAUCUCGCGAAGCAAAACAACGGUCUUAUCCUCAGCUUCUUCUUUGAUUUUAGCGAUAUCACAAAGCAGACCUUAGAUGAGAAGCCCUUGUCCCAGGAUCUUCUCGAGGAUAUCCGGAGAAAGGUUGGCGACGGGGCCGACGGGAUGUUUAGGUGGGCGUUCUGUCAAUUAGACAGCCUGGCUCGAUGUCGUCACGAGGUAGCUAUAGAGGAGGCUCUCGUAUCUUUGCCGCUAAAUAUAAAUGAGAUAUACCAGCGCAUGAUUGCAAUACACUCCAAACGACCUCUUAAGCUAGCCGAGGCUAAAGAAGUAAUAGCGACGCAAAUCGAAAGCGAGUCGCGAGGAUUUAAAAUCAAGCGUCGACUGUUUUGCGAGACUGAUGUUUUGGAUUACUGUCCCGGCUUAGUGACAGUCGUUCACACCACCGGUAAAGAGCUACAUCUUGCCCACUUUUCUGUCAAAGAAUACCUUCUCGGAGAGUAUCAGUUUGAGAUGACGACCGCUAGCAUUUCUAUCGCGAGGACGUGCUUAACUUACUUGACGGACAUCAACGAUAGCCCCACAGAGAUCCAGCAGGACUUUCCAAUGGCAAGAUAUACGGCAGAAAUCUGGACUGGCCAUGCUGCGUUGGCUCAGACUUCCGAGGAUAUAGUUCGAGAGACAGUGAGGUUCCUAGAAAAGGAAGUGACAUUCCAACGAUGGGUUCGUUUAUCUAAGGAUGCUUGGAUUUGGAACGAUGAUCCCGGUCCAUCCCAAGGUUCCAGGCUCUACUAUGCUUGCUUCUAUGGGCUCAUAGCGCCUGCACGAGAUCUAAUUGGCAAGGGAGCGGAUGUCAACGCCCUCCUGGCCGCCUCAGAGGGAGGCCAUCAAGAGAUUGUCAAACUGCUCCAAAGCAGGGGCGCUAUUACAUCGUCUUCAAAGUAG